GAGCUCUUGCAAAAGAAUGCGCUGUGCGUGAGGCGCAGAAGCCACAAGUGCUGCCCAAUUUGAUAUCUGUAGACCGACGUGCAGCGAGAUUGACCGGCGACAACUCGUUGGCUGGCGCUCGAGCCUCUGAGCGAAAAGCACUGCCGCCAUCUCUCAGCUGCGCAUGGCUGAGCACAAGGUGAGCCCGGCAGCCGAGGGCACAAAGGCAGCAGAGACACCGCUGCUCGACCAUGAGACAAGGAUUCGAACGCUCGAGACGACAGCCAGCGCGCCGACGCUGCAUCAACUCGCCACCCGCGAGCCGACGAGCUUUCACCAGGCCACUAUCUAUAAUGGGCUGGUCCGACCGAACACGCCCGCGUGGCGCAGGUACGGGCUCCUGGCCGCGUCCAUCGUCAUUGUAUUUCUGCAGUGCUUCGUCGGCGCCGGCUUUAGCAUCGGGGUUAGUAUGAGUUCGUGUAGCGAAAUUUCGGAAUGCGGCCGUGGAUUGUAUUGCGCGGAAGGGAUGUGUGACUGGUGCGAAGAAAGAUACAAGUCCUGUUGUCUACCCAACGCGACGGACACCUGCGCGACUCGUGAAGGGAGAACACGCAAGCUGGACGAAAAGGAGAGAGAAGGAUUGUGUUCCGCUUGCAUGACCAGCAAAGGCUUCGAGACGUAUCCGGACAUUCAGAGGGACCGGGUCGACUCCAUGAGGCUUCAAGACUGGCUCGCGCUGUUUCUGGCUUCGCUGGUGGUCGCGUUCGCCGUGUUUGCAGAGAUGCGCGAUGCCGUGCUGUGUCACUGCGCUCUGCGCGACAUAUCACAAGUCCCCCGAGGCUGGCGCUUCGCCAUUGGUGGCCUGAAUUUUUGCAGAAACUUCGUGUUUCUCCCAUGUGUAGUCUUGUCUGUCAUGGAGCUUGUUUUGGCUGACGGCGGCCGAGUACGGGACGUGUGUCUCAACACCGUUGCUGUCUUGUUUCUAUUGGAAGUCGAUAACUUAGCCUUCCUGCACGGUCUUAGCGAGCGUGUGCGUAUGGAGGCGGAGGAAAAUGCCGGGGCGAGGCACGUGACGAAUGACGAGCUGAGAACCAUGGACGCCGUCAAAAUCGUUUGUGUGGUCCUUAUCCCUUGCGUGGUUUUCAGCGGCGUCCGUGGCUACAGACUAAUGCGGGGGAAUAUUGUGUAUGUCGCUGCCCCCUUGCCUUUUGUUGUUGCCGUGUUCGUGCAACGUGCGAGAGCGAACGGACUAACGGGAGCUUGCGGAGCCGUCUGCGAGGCUGUGGCCGGAUUCGUCGUGUUUUGGCUCUUUUUGCUUGCGGUCACGACUUUGAUGAUCUACCAAACGCAGGGAGAAGAGGGAUUUGAUGAGAAAUAGCCGACGCGGCCUUGCUGCAGGGGUCAAUUUUAUCUGGGACUCGCCCAUGACCCUACUGCUAAGUCUCUGGAAUAUAACUAGUCAUCGAAGGCGCCUUUCGAAGCCUGAAUUCAAUUCCAUUCAAAUAGGGUCCCUGGUCUGGAUUUGGAUGCGCAGCGCGCCUGACGCCGGCACGUGGCGCUGCACAGAUGCUGCUCGACGACUAACGAUCAAUCCGGAAGACAUUGGCUCCCUGAACUGCAAUUCUGCUACGCGCAUCGCCAGU